AGAUGGAGAUAAACCAAGAGAUCAAGGUGAAUCUGGGGACAACAAUGGGGAUCAAUGUGAAGAUACAAGGUUCUCUCGUGAGCUUUCUAGCUCGCUUGAGGUUAGUGAUAAUGAGAAUAAAGAUUUGUCCAACCACGAUGGAGUACACUUGCAAGAAACAUUGGACAGUGAGCUGGAUAGUAUUGUGAAGGAGAAUGAAGUGAGCAUCUCAAAUCUGGAUUUAACCCCAUCAGGUGGAAUACCUUUGCCAGAUGGAGAUAAACCAAGAGAUCAAGGUGAAUCUGGGGACAACAAUGGGGAUCAAUGUGAAGAUACAAGGUUCUCUCAUGAGCUUUCUAGCUCGCUUGAGGUUAGUGGUAAUGAGAAUAAAGAUUUGUCCAACCACGAUGGAGUACACUUGCAAGAAACAAACCGAGUUUUGGACAGUGAGCUGGAUAGUAUUGUGAAGGAGAAUGAAGUGAGCAUCUCAAAUCUGGAUUUAACCCCAUCAGGUGGAAUAUCUUUGCCAGAUGGAUAUAAACCAAGAGAUCAAGGUGAAUCUGGGGACAACAAUGGGGAUCAAUGUGAAGAUACAAGGUUCUCUCAUGAGCUUUCUAGCUCGCUUGAGGUUAGUGGUAAUGAGAAUAAAGAUUUGUCCAAAGUAGUCAUUGAACAGUUGAAACAGGAUAAAGAAGGCAAAUGUCCUCUAGGUCAAAAUAUCAAAAGACGUGAAAGUGAAUUUCAGGAUUGCAAUGGGGAAAGGCUAGCAGGAAAACACCCUUCUGCUGAAUUUCCUAGUUCAAGUGAAUGUACCAGUCAUCAGGCCGAUGUUUCAACCCCAGAAAUCACAGAACUUGUGGAAUCAGAUGACAAGAAUCCAUCAGAGCAAUGCACUGGAAGGGAUCAAAAGGAACAUGGAGAUUCUCGAACAGAAUGGUGUGGAAGUGACAACCUUUCUGACCAAGUUGGCUCUUUACCUGAGCAUGAUCAUCUGAAGAAGAGGUUGCCUCCAGAUGAUGAACAUAGUGAAGCAGAUGAAAGUACACUUCUUUCCCCAAAAAAUAGUAAAAAGAGUCUAAAUAGUUUUACGGACUACAAUGGAGAGCAAUGCAAAGAUUGGAGUUUCUUUGAUGAGCUUCCUAGCACACAUGAGGUUAGCGAUUUCGAGAAUAAAGUUCUAUCUGCAGAAGUCACAGAACAGUUGAAACAGGAUGACGAAGGCCAAUAUCCUUUUGGGAAAAGUUCUAAAAGAUGUGAAAGUGAAAUUCAGGAUUGGAAUGGGGAAAGAGUUCCAGGCAGAAAUCCCUCUGAUGAAGUAAGUCAGGAGGCCGAUGUUUCAACCCCAAUAGUCAGGAAACAUGUGAAAUCAGGUGAAAAGAAUCCAUUGGAGCAAUGCACUGGAAGGGAUAAAAGGGAAUGUGGAGAUUAUCAAAAAGAAUCGUGUCCAGAUGACAACUUCCUUGAUGAAGUUCGGUCUUUAUCCGAGCAUGAUCAACAGAAGAAUAAGUUGCCUCCAGAUGGUAGAGAACAAAGGGAAUGUGGAGAUUCUCGAACAGAACCGUGUGCAGUUGACAACUUCCUUGAUGAAGUUCGGUCUUUAUCCGAGCAUGAUCAACAGAAGAAUAAGUUGCCUCCAGAUGGUAGAGAACAAAGGGAAUGUGGAGAUUCUCGAACAGAACCGUGUGCAGUUGACAACUUCCUUGAUGAAGUUCGGUCUUUAUCCGAGCAUGAUCAACAGAAGAAUAAGUUGCCUCCAGAUGGUAGAGAACAUAGAGAAGGGGACGAAAGUACUCAUCUUUCGCCAGAAAAUAAUGAAAAGGGUCUGAAUGGGUGGCUUCACGAUGAAAUGGAUAAUAAUAGUCAAGAUUCUUCACCCUUUGAGAUUGCUUCGCCUGCAAAUGGAAAAUCUUCACUGGUAGCUGGAGGCGUGGCUGAAGCAAAUGAGGAUAUCAAGAAUUUUCCUCUCAUCAGAAGCUCAGGCACAGAAAAUCAUGUGAAUGGAGAUACAGGAGAUUCUUUAGCUGCUGCUCACGGGUGCUUUAAUGAGAACAAUACAUCUCUUAAUCGCUUUUCUCCCGAUGCUGAGCAGCUGGAGCAUUCUCAUAGAGAAGAUACACGAAGUUUUGGUAGAGUCAGCUCAGUAGAUACUAGUUUACCCACUGUCGACCCUAGUUCUAAGCACGAUGUUAAACAUGUAGAUAUGUCUAAAUCUCCAAUGACCAAACGUUACUAUAUUUAUGAGGGCAGCGUAUCUUCUUAUGAUGGAGCCGAUGAUCAAGUUCCCAACCAUGUCUCGCAGCCCCCUAGAAGAAAGUUCAAGGAUAAAUUCUCCACCAGCACUGCUGAAUUGCAAAAAAAGGAUGGAUUAAAUAAGACUAGCAUGAGCAGUAGUGAGUCAGAGAUGCAAUAUUGGGCAGGCAGUUCCUCGUCCUCAUUACAAGGAAAGCAAUAUCAUUCCAUGGAAGGCAGCAGCAUUAGGCGCCAAUUUGAUUUGCCUGAAACCAGAAGACGUGGCCACAAGAGUGGUAAUAGGAUGAGAUUGGACAAAGAAACAGCAGCACCUAGGUUGGCAUUCACUUCUAGAGAUUUCCAAGCUGGCCACAGAAAUGGAAGCCCAUCAAGUUAUCAUCGAAGUUCGCUCCAAAAUCAUCGAGCUUACCAGUCAUCAGAUAGGCCUACAUACUCUGAACCAGACAAAGUGGACUUGUUGAGAACGGUGUUUGAACUGAAAGAUCAGCUCAAUAGGAUGCAACUUUCAAAACUAACAGCAAGUGGAAGGUUUCCUGCUGGUGUUGUGAAGGAAAAGUUAACUCCCUUGUACUACAAACAUUUAGCACCAGAAAGGGAGGUGUAUGCAGAUUUGAGCCAUCCCACAUAUCCUGUCAGACACAGUCCGUUUAAAGGUUGGCCCCAAAGACGCAAGGACUUGAGAAUGGCAUUUUCUGGAGAGUCUGCUCACUACAGACACCAGGUUAACUGCUCAUGUUUGCAUUGUUGUCCGCAAGACUGGCACCGCUCCGCUCAGUUACCUUCACAUUCCGUGCUCUGUAACAAUGGUCACUGUGUCGUCCACACUGGUCAUAACUGCUGUAAUGUCCUUGCCUCUAGUUCCUCCAGUCCCCAGCAUUACACGAGCUCUGAGCAAUCUUUAUGGGUACUAGAGAAAAUGUCCGAUGAGAGGAAGCAUAAAGACAAAGAGAUGAAAAGAUUAUAUUCGCGGGAAAAGCAUCACAUAAUGAAGAGACAUCUCCGGCCAAUAUCUGGUGGAGCCCCACUUAUUUCUUGUUAUCAUUGCUCGGAACUGUUGCAGCUGCCUUCAGACUUUCUCCUCUUCAAGAAAAAAUAUCAUCAGCUGAGGUGCAAUGCAUGUGGGAAGGUUCUGAAAUUCUCGCUCUUGGAAAGAAUGCACAUAGUUCCAUACUUUCCAGAAGCUUCAGCUCCGCCGCCCAGUGAGGCUGAUGAUUAUAGUGAUGCGAUCAGUCACAGAAUUCUGGUGCCAACAUCUCAUGCUAAUUCAUGUUCACAUGCUGAACCUGUGUCAUGUUCUGACGACUAUGGGCUGUCUUUCUGUAGAAGCUGCUCAACAGAAGGGGAGGCUUCAUUUCUUACACCUUCAGCUGACCGCCUUGAGUGGAAUGCUUACAACAGAAAGAUGUCGUCUAGCAGUUCUUUUGAGCCCAUGGAAGAUACAAAAAUGAAGUCUGUAUGGAGGGGACACAGGAUAAAGAAUGAAAGUUCGUUGCAAACCUCUAAACCGACCGGAGCUUCACCGAUGGUGGCUAAGUGGAAAAAAGGAUCCUUUGAAAUUGAAGAGCUACCAGAACCAUCAAAUUUUCCACUGCAUCGGUUAAUGGGAUAUUCUUCCCCUAGUGAAGUUUUGGACAAGUGAGCUGAAAUUGAGAGUCUGAAAUACAAUGUUCAGAAAUAGUGCUCGGAUUUUCAAGAAUCCCUGAAUAAUGAUCCCUACAUAUUGCAAUGUUCCACUGUAAGUUCAUCAUGGAUGCAUUUUUGUGAAAAACUUCACAUUUUCUCUGCUAUUUUCUUCUUCUUCUUCUUCUUUUCUCUUCUUGUACAGAUGAAAGACAACCAAGUUGCACCAUUGUAUAGCAUAAAAGUCGAGGGGGUUCUUUUACAUGUUGAUAUGAUCAACAUAAAAAAGUCAUGUAUUGUUUAUUUACUGUGUUGUAAUAAUAGAAGAAAGGAUAUUUUAUUUUCUUAUAAUUAUGGAGUGCCACAUCCUUUA